GGAGAAUUUAAUCUAUGUUGUUUUGACACUAACUAAACUGAUUUUAGUAUGCUAUAAUAUUUAAUAUUGAAUUGAGAAACACAGAAAGAGUGAGAGAGGACAUUUAUUCUUAACAAUGGAGAAGUGCAAGCAUUACCUUGAACAUCACCAAAAACAUAGUCAUAGUCACGAGAAAGAGCAUCGUAGUGAAAAUAGAAACGAGUCAAAGAUGAGACCACCACCAAUACCGGCGACUCCUUACAAAAAGGAUCCAAUAUGCAUAUGUCACAAGGAGCGGCCUGAGUCACAGAAGCCUCCUUGUCAUCGAUCAACGAAUGGGAAGGCAGAGAAUUUCGAGUAUUCGGCUAGAAUUACGGAAGCGAAGUGUUCUGGUUCUUCGCAGGAUGCGCGUAGUCCUUGUUCCUCUGUCUCUUGUUAUACACCGAAGCCACGUCAUGCGCAUCAACUGCCGCCUUUGGUCGAGAAGAAGGACAAGGAGCGUGAGAGAGGAGGCCACGCAGUCAGAGCUGCAGACUUCAAAACAAAACCCCAACCUUGUCUUCGAGUGGUUAAGGAGAAGCAUCAAUCCCCCGAUCACUGCCCAAGUCUAUCGUUGGAGCUGCUAAGUCCUUGGGCUUCGCAAAAAACUAAUACGCCGAAAACUCGGCCGAUCUAUAAUAAAAAGAAGGAUAACAAACCGAUUAAAGUCGCUGAUGAAGCUGAUGUUGAUCGGAUGCUGUACAAGAAUUCUUGUUUUGGUCUAGAAUGCAGUGCUGACAGCGACAGUGACAUCACUAUGAAAACUGACAAAUUUCGAAAGAAAUCUGAAAAGACGCCUCAGCUUAAUAUGCACCUAGAAGACAAAGAUUCCAGUCCAUUGGUGAAGUCAGCGCGAGAGCAUUGCAAGAUGAUGGAGGAACGCUUUAAGAACAAAUGUUUGGAUGAUGAUCUUUUAAGUUCAGAUUGCGAAUCGCAAAAGACGACAAUUAGUGGUAAGAGUGCCGACCAUUUGCGCACUAUGGUAUGUUCGCAGAUUAAGAUACAAGAGAUUAUCGAUGAGACAACUCGCAAAUUGAAUAAAGCAAAGGAGCAACGAGAUAAAAAACUGCAGUCUUUAGAGCGAUCGGAUUUAUCGGAAGAUUUGCAGCAUAUUUCUAUUAAGGAAACACCCCCAAAGCCAACUGAGCAGAAAAUCAUAAAUGGUGGAAACAGUUUAGGAGGAAUUAGCGUUGAUAUGGUUUCGCCUUUGGUACGCAAGGUGGAGCGUAUGUACUUGAAAACACUUAAUGAGCAAAUGAGUCUAAUGGAAGAUCUGGAGCAAUUGCCAGUCAAGUGCAACAAUUUGAAUCACACGACUAAUGAAGAAGGUGUGGGAGAUGGAAAAAAGAACAGUUAGGACAAAAACAGUUAUUGAUUUAAAUAUUUUUUAUAUAUAAACAACCCACAAAAAAUUACUUACAAAAUAGUACAAAUUUUGAAAAUAGCCGUUAUGUGCAGAGUGUGUGACCAGCCAAAUUGAAUUGAAUUGUAUCCACAAAAUAUACCACAAGUACCUGCUACAUUUAAUAGUGUGGGACCAGUUACGAUUUCAAUAGUUAUUAUUUCAGCGAUUGCGCUGCAUUUUAUUCGUUUCUAUUAAAUUUUCAUGUAGUUCUAAAAAAUAAAU